GUCCAGUUGAGAGGAAAUCAGGCAAGGCAACAAAUCAUUGAAGGAUAUAAAAAGGGCGUCUUCACUAACUCUCAGUCACUGCCAUCUCUAUGACAGUUUGGACAAACAAAAAUCUUUUGUUUUUAACUUUCUGUAAGUAAGUGCUGCCAAGAAGAACACCUCUGGCAGCAUCUCUGAUUUGAAUAUAUUUUAGCAACCGGCCUUUGUCCAUAAUCAAGUUGAUCAAUCAAGAUUCAAGCAAAAGAAUGCAAGACCAGAUUGGGAUUCCCGCUUGCUUUUCAUCCGGUGAGAAGCUGAGUGAUGAUCAGGCUGCCGUGACAAGGUCCGGCCAGAGCGUUUUCAUGUCCGUUUACCGUACAAAGAUUGCUGAUCAGUGCAGAUUGAUCACCAUCACAUGGUGCAAGAAUUUGAUGCUUCAUGGCCUCUCUGUAUCAGUCGAAGGCCCCGAAGGAGAAAACCAGUACACCUGCAAAGUGGAGCUCAAACCGUGGUACUUUUGGAGGAAACAAGGAUCUAAGCACUUCACGGUUGAGGGAAAAGUUGUCGACAUUUUCUGGGACCUCAAAGCAGCGAAAUUUAAUGGCGAAACUGAGCCGAACUCGGAGUACUAUGUCGCCGUAGUCUGCGAUGAGGAAGUUGUUCUGCUUGUUGGUGAUCUGAAGAAGGAUGCUUAUAGGAAGACUGGUUGUAGGCCGGCUCUUAUCGAUCCGAUUUUAGUUUCGAAGAAAGAGCAUAUAUUCGGUAAAAAGAAGUUCUCGACAAGGGCUAAGUUUUAUGAGAAGGAUGGAUGCCAUGAGAUAUCGAUCGAAUGUAAGAACAGGAAUUUCGGUGGCGGGAGCAUCAGCAAUGGCAGUUCGCUAAAUGGGAUCGAACCAGAAAUGGAGAUAAGAAUCGACGGGCAGUUGGCAAUCCAUGUGAAACACCUCCAGUGGAAAUUCAGAGGUAACGAGUCCGUCUAUGUUAACAAGCUUAGAGUGGAAGUCUAUUGGGAUGUCCAUGACUGGCUUUUUAGUCCUGGUCUAAGGCAUGCAUUGUUCAUAUUCAAGCCGAUUUUGUCAUCAAUAUCUGUGUCCUCGGCAUCUUCGCCGUACGCAUCAAUGCCAUUGUCAUCGCAAACGGAGAGCUCGGGUUCUGUGGAUGGGAUUUCUGCAAGUGGGUCCACAGAGUUUUGCUUGUUUCUCUAUGCUUGGAAGGUUGAGUAGAGGAAUCAUAUUAGGCCAAACCUGAGUAUAUUGUCAAGGUCCCCAGAAAAAAGCUAGAUUUGCCAAGAAUUUGUAUGGGUCUUCAGGCAUGUUAUGGACCAGCAACAUGGAGUGGUGAGAAUACAGAUUGGAUUGAUAGAGAGAGAGAGAGAAAGAGAGAGAGAGGAUUAGAUGUGGCGGGGCCAAGAGAAGAGAGCUUGGAGGUAACUUACAGCUGGGGAGGAACAAGUGGGCAUAAUUGGACAAGAAAGAUUGGAUCAAUUACAUGCCCAAUAAUGCCCCAUCUAGAGGAGCCUAUCCCCCUCUCUUUCUCUCUUGAUCUGAUCUUGAAAAGUGAGCAAAUAUUUUCUUUUUCUUUUUGGGUUCCAAAAAGAUUCUGUCUCCCAAUAUAUGUAUGCCCUUCUGCAACCAUAUAUAUUUUUUAUACACAAGAUUUGGAAAUAGGUCAAUAACUUACUGAA